UCUGCCCUGAGCGUCUCCGAUGGCGUCGCGGCCCGCGCGGUGGCGACCACCUUUGUGGCGGCCGCGGCCUCGAUGCUGACGUGGUUGGUCUUGGAGCGUUUGCUGAAGGGCAAGUCCAGCAGCGUGGGUGCUUCUGUUGGCGCAGUGGCCGGGCUCGUGUGCAUCACCCCUGGUGCUGGCUUUGUGACCCCCGGAUGGAGCAUUGCCAUUGGUGCGCUGGGAGCUGUAUGGUGCUACAUGUCGGUCGAGCUGGUGAACAAGCUCAACUUGGUGGAUGACACCUUGGACGCCUUCGGCUUGCAUGGCAUGGGUGGCAUCGGUGGGGCCAUUUUCACUGGCAUCUUCGCAUUGGACGGCGGGCUGAUCUACACGGGGAGCUUUGAACUCUUGGGGAAGCAGAUUGCUGGUGCCGCGGCUGGUGUGGCCUUCUCCGCCCUCGGCACGGCGCUCAUCGUGGUGGUGCUGGGGUUGGUGAUGAAGUUGAGGAUCCCUGAGGAACACGAGCGCAGUGGCAUCGAUCAGCACACGCACGGCGAAUCUUACCACAGCCCCGUGAAGAAGUACCCGCAAGCUCAAGUGUCAGAGUCCAGCGAUUUUAGUGAGUCCGAUGCCGUCUGCUGAUCGGCUUCGGUCUUGGUUUUGGAAGACAAAACGAAGAUCGAUGAGACAUUCGCAGUUUGGAAGGAUGGAGUCCUUUUACAGAUUCGACUCGUCGAUGUGCUGGCAUCUUCCAGGCGGUGUAGCAUAGGUAACAAGCCGAGGCGCAUGCCAUGCCAGUACAUAUUUUGACUUAAUCCAGAUCAGCCUCGUUUUCGUUGCAUGACAGACCUACUUCGAGGUCGAAGCAACAAAACAUUGCAGCCCACAAUGUGAGUUUUGAUCGCGUAUGUGACGGAUGAUGACGGCCGGCCUCGCACUGUGAGUUUUUUGAGGAACCAGG